UGCGCUCUGUACUGCAGUCCCGAUGACGGGUGUGUACAGUGACUCCCCUGGUUUCCAUGGAGACGCGUCUCGCUGCUUGCACAGGUGUCAGUGUGUGAUCAGCACAGAGGAGAUCAGCGCCGGAGCCUGGACACCCCAUCCCGUGUGCACACAGCCAGCACCCCGACCUGAAUAUUGUCUUCUACAUUCAGAUUACCAUGUAUGACCGCGCACCACGAACGCUUGCUGUUAUUUUGGGCAGCACUCAGGAAAAUGUGGGCCCAGGAACAUAUGACUUGUCUGCAAACCAAACCCACAAGCCAGGUGGAUAUGCCCCAUUUCUGUCAAUGUCAAAGCGGGAUUUUGUCUUCAACGUGCCACAGACUAGCUCUGUUGCUCCCGGACCAGGACACUAUGAAAUAUCCAAUCUAAAGGAAAAGGUAAAAGGAGGACAGACUAUUCAGAACAAAGAGAAGCGUUUUCGAGAGACUACAUCUUCUUUACCUGGACCUGGCGCUUAUGACCUGCAGGUUGGGCUGGAUAUGGAUGAAAGAAAGAAGAUAUCUUCAAAAUCUGGAAAAAAAGUUCACAGCCUUUCUAAAAAGCUGCUGAACACUGGUGCCCCAUCCAUCCCUACACCGGGAAAAGCCUUUGGUUUUGAAGAAACUGCAAGUGGCACACUUGUCAGACAAAGUCCACCUGCCGCGGACAAUACUCUGGGCCCUGCCUACUACGAUCUCUCAAAUAAUGAACCAUAUGCAACUCUGAAAUACCGUGGUGUGCACUUUGGAAAGUACUCAGGAAAACGUACAGAAUUUCAAAAGCAUGAUGGACCCGGCCCAGGGGAAUACGAUAUAGAUCAGAAAAGUGCACUGCAUUAUGAGAAUGUCAACUCCAAGAAGGAAGACAAGAAAAAAUAUGAGCCAUUCAUUCCACGCUAUCACGAAGUAAUCGUAUUACAGGAAGAGAAGAAGGGUGUUCCAGGGCCAGGAAAAUAUGAGAUUGGACGUGAAUUUGAUGUAGCAAACAGGCUGACCAAAUCUGCUGAUAAUUCUCGACCUCCAUUUCUGUCUUUGGCACAGCGAUUUCUGCCUGUGAAAUCAAUCACCCCAGCCCCAGGUGCCUAUAAUGAACAGCGUACAGCAUUUGAGACUUUGAAGAAAACAUCAAGCAUGGCACAAAUACCAUUUGGUUAUAAGGCAGUGCGCUUUAUACAAGACUCAAGAUUGCAGAAAACACCAGGGCCAGGCUCUUACGAAAUGUUUAGUUAUGGAAUUGCAAGUGAGAGUCUGAAGAGAGCAAACUUGGAGUGCUCAAAACGGGGAGCAUUUGGAUCUUCUGCUGUACGUGCCUUGUCCAUCUCCAACAGUGAUGCAGUAUGGACUCCAGGACCCAGUCACUAUGUAUUGAAAGACAGAAAUGAAGAGCCAUACAAGCAUCACACAUCUUCUGUGUUUUCAUCUGCAACAGAAAGGCUUAGCAUUCAAAUGGGUCCAAUGGAUGCGCCACCUCCUGGUUCCUACAAUGUGAGUGAAUCAUAUGAAAAUCUGCAUGCCAAGGGCAAAUAUAGACCUCCAAGGACAGUCCAAGCCAAGAGAAAGCAAUCUUCUUUUCUUAGUGGUGUUCCCAGAUCCCUUGCCCUGCUGAAUGACUUUCACAUACCAGGGCCCGGAGCCUAUAAUCCAGUCAUGAAACCAGUCAUUCAGUCUCCAUCUUCUGUUCCCAGAGAAGAACGUUUUAAAGAUCCAAAAGAAGUUACACCUGGUCCUGGAUCAUAUGAGCUGAGCCCAGUAUUUAAAGACACAGUGCUUAAAGGAACAUUUAAUGCAACUCUACCGAAUCCAUUGCUGAAUCAAGUGGAAGGCCCUUCACGGAAGGACAUAGCAGAUAAACAGCCAUUUUCUCUAAGUGUCUGAUACUGUUCAAAUUACAGCUAAGCCUCCCUAGGCUGAAACCAGCAACACUACAGAUAUUCGUCAUCAUUCUUAUGAAAUACCGUACCUACAUAUUCACUAGACUGUCUGCUUAAACUAAAAAAAUUACAAGAAAAGGAAUGUUGUUGCUAAAAUUGCUGCAUGAAUGUCUUAUUUUACAUGUACUGUAUAACUAUAUGUUAUCAAAUUUCUGGCUUCCAAUAAAAAAUAUUUUAAUAAAAGUUAAUCUUCCUGA